ACCUUAUGUCAGAAAAUCGAAAAGUCUAUACACUUGCAAAGGUUGUUAUACGGAAAGCUUGUUCACAGAUAAAUCAAGCACAUGUAAUUCAAGUGCAAAAUCCUAUUGCGGAAAAUUUAUACGGUAAUAUGCUUGCAAAUGUCUGUACUUAUUUUACUUAUCCUCGUGUAACAAGUAUGUUCCGAGGCGAAGCUCGCGUGAAUUCUAACGAGGCUAAAAAAAAUAGAAAGUAA